AUGACAAGAUUGAAGAUAGCAAUGAACAGAUAGAUAGAUGUUGAAAAAAGUCGAUGAGGUAGACCGUUACCACCGAGACAACAAGGCCAAACAACUGGGCUCCGAAAAGCCUGUGACGUCACGCAGAGUAGGCCUAUGCAUGUUCUUAUGGAGUUUCGCGAUGCCUGGCUGGCAAGAGAAUCGCGCCACCAUUUCUCUGGGGUGUUGUCGUAUCUAGGUUUGAUAUAGCAGUAUCGAAAUCUCUACUAAUUAGCUGUACCUCUCUGUGGGCGAAUUUGCAAGAUGUAGGUACUCGGGGCCUGCGCAGCUCCAGUGAUGAUGUGAUUAUUCUUUCUGAUCUACCACAGUACGUCAAGAAUACAUUUUCGAUAUUACGUUCAAUCUGUCACUUGUGAAGUCUAAUAUUCCAUUCACAAUGGGAAUAUGUGUCAACCUUGCCCACUAACCUCACAUUCUGAUCCUCUAUUCUAAGCUAUGUAAACUCAAAUUUAUUGAUGUUUUAAACUUAUCUUUGUGUCUCUCGAUUGUUUAGCUAAGUUUUCAAAAUGCCUUACAAGUACACGUAUUUUCGUUUCCAUUGGAUGAAAACUCUCAUAAAAGAUGGCUCAGUGUAAUCCCUCGUAGUGAUUUAGUGGUUACAAAAAACACCCGAGUAUGCAAUUUGCACUUUGCUGAGGACAGCAUCAUUUGGGAAUCCACCUUCCAUGACGAAAAUACAGGUAGGACCAUUACUGUACCCCUUAAGAAUCCA